UGACGUUCAAACAGACUCUGCUCUUUGCAGAAAAACACAGGAGAACCUGAGGGACUAUGGGUUUAUUUCUACCUAUGUCUACAAUGAGAACUUCAAGACCUCUAAGGUAAGAGGUUCUCUGAGGAUCCUGGUGGAGUGACAGUCUUUAGUCAGCCCUAGUCUUUUCAUUCGCUGCAUUCAUCUGGUUCAAGUCAUGGAUCUCACUUUGUGGCAGUACCAGUUUCGAAUCAUCAUGCUGGGAGACUCCACAGUGGGCAAAUCAUCCAUGUUGAAACGCUACACUGAGGAUCUGUUUCUGGAGUGCAUCAACCAAACAGUCGGAGUGGACUUCUAUGUACACUUCCUAGAGGUGGAACCUGGGGUGAGGGUCAAACUGCAGUUCUGGGAUACAGCUGGUCAAGAGAGAUUUAGGUCUGUGACUCGCUCCUACUACCGUAACUCAGUCGGAGGUCUUCUGGUGUUCGAUCUGGGCAACCGCAAAUCUUUCGAAAACGUGCAGCAGUGGUAUGCAGAGGUGUGUGAACGUGUGCAACCCUACACUGUGCUGUUUGUGCUGGUGGGACACAAAAGUGACCGGAUCAAAGCUGGAGAGCGAGCCGUGGAACGAACUGAGGCAGAAAAGCUCGCAAGCCAAUUGGGAGCACCGUACAUCGAGGCCUCAGCCAAAACGGGUCACAAUGUGAAAGAGGCCUUUGAACUCUUGACCCGGAGGGUUUAUCAGGGCAUAAAAAGUGGAGAGAUCCAGUUGCGUGACGGGUGGGAUGGAGUCAGGAGCUCAGCACCUACAGCCCAAACACUCCAGAAGAUACAAAACAAUGAAGCCGCUGAGAAAAACAAGAGCUGUGCUUGUUAACUUAUAAUAUGUGGUUCUUGCAACUUUUGAGUGUAGAUCUCCAAAUAGGAUGGAUGUGUCAGAGAUUGCCAAAUACAGAUUAAUGCAAAUGUAAAGGUCUUUCAGAUUGUAGGUAUAUACAGUAGUCAACAUUUGAAGUGGAUCAAAAAAGUUCAUCAAAGCAUUUUGAUUUUAGGACAACUUUGAUGAAAGGUUUUGAUCCGCUUCAAUGUUGACUAGUGUAUUAUAAUUUGUGCUUAUCUGCAAGAUAUCAACAUUUGCGAACCACACUGAAACUCAUAAUUAACAUCAUAUACAUUCAUAUGUACAUUUAAUUUCCAAUUGUUUGUAUUUCUGGAAUCAACGUUGGAUAAAGGUGUCUUUAUUAGUGUGUCAACUGUUACUGCAUCAGUUAAAGAUUUUAACUGCUAUUAAUCAUAUUAUGUCAUAUUAUUAAGGCCACAUAUUUCCAUAAACAUGGAUGUAUUUUUGCGGAUACAUUCUGGAGGUAUUUAAGAGUUAAACUAUUCAUUAAUAUAUACAUACAUAAAUGCUGAAACAGUUCAUGUUGUAAUUUCUGAAAUUAUGUCCAACAAAAUCUGAGUGAGUUCAGUGUGAAUAAAUCACAAUUAGUUGUUUUUUUAUUCAUGAAAAACAGGAGACUGUAAAACACUGUGAUACAUGGCAAAAAAACCUUUUAUACUCAGUUUAACUCCACAGAAAUGUUCAAAUCUGCACACAAACCCACAGCAGAAAGGGUUUAUGCACCAUUUCCCAUACAUCACACAUUUAUAACUCCCUCUAGCCAAUUAACCAUUCUGCUGUAUGUCACUAGUUCCAAUGCAAUUAAUUAAAUGGGGGAAGUGGUAUUUAUUUCUCUGGUAAAAAUGACUGUUUACCUUUAGAAAGUCACACACUAAAGAUGUCCUCUAUAGUACUAAAUAUUACUUAAGUGAUGAAGUCUAUAACACCAAACAC